UAGUAAUAAUAUAUAAAAAAAAAAAAAAAAAAAACAAAAAUAUUCCAAAUAUAACGGCAUUUCUAAAAAAAGUGUAAUGAUGAAUUUCUCGGCAUUUGGCGGACCAUUCUCCGGUAUACAUCAAUUUGCUGCCAAAUUUGGCCAUGAAACGCAAACACCGGGUGCUUUUACAACGCCCGGCAUUAAUGGCAAUGUCUCCGCGGCUACACCGGAUAAUCAUGUACAACGGUAUCAAACAAAUGGCAAUCAUUUUCAGCAAAACAAUCCAAAUGUAUCCGUUGCUAAUAAUGCUAUGCAAUAUGGACAAAAUAUAUCAAUACCGUAUUCUCAACCGCAAACUGAUUUGAAUUUUUUAAAUGCUGCCGCUGCUGGCGUUGAUCAUAAGGGAAAAAUACAUCCAAAAAUUGAACGUGACCGUGAAGAAGUACUCAAUCAACAAAUUUUACAAAAUGUUAAUCAAUCAUGGCAAACGUUGGCCAAUACUGCCAAUACCGUCGACUAUUCAUCGCAUUUGCUCUCCGCUACACUGCCAAUCUCCAUACAACAUUUUCUCAAAUAUUCUGAAACAAUAAAAAAAGAAUCCUCAGGUAUUGUGGGCUCGCAAAUCAACUCAGGGAAUUUGAAUUUAAGCAAUUUAGAUACCUCAUCCGGAUUCAAUAUUAAAGGCGACGUGCUAAAGAAUGGCACCAAUUUGGCUAGUUUGGCGCUGGGCGGAGUGGCUUUGGCACCGACAAACAAUGCCAACGGGAAUCAUCAUACUCAUAAUGGGGGCGUUGGUCCGUUAGGAGCCGGUUUAUUGGGCAUGGAUCAUACAGCGCAUUUGACAAGUUUAACUGACGCCAAUGCGGGACAAUUGGUACAACAGCAACAACAACAACAACAACAACAACAGCAACAGCAGCAACAACAGCAGCAACAACAACAGCAACAGCAAAAUGCAGCCAAUAAUGUGAAUGGUACAAAUAACGCGGGGGGAGUAGCGAAUGGAACGCCUACCGUUACCAGUACAGCAUCGGCGGCCACUAUUAGUACUGGUGCUGGUAACGCAACUAGUACUACUGGGAAAAAAGGUAAGAAGAAGAAACCUCCGAAAGAGAAGAAACCACGACCCAAACCGGGCGAGAUACGUGAAACAAAAGCCCUGGAUGGUUCGACGCUAUUCUGUUGCCCCGAAUGUCAGAUGGCAUAUCCCGAUCGCAGCCUAAUCGAACAACAUGUCGUCUCGCAUGCCGUCGAAAGGCGUUUUGUUUGCGAUAUUUGCAAUGCGGCUUUAAAGCGCAAAGAUCACUUAACUCGACAUAAAUUGUCUCAUAUACCCGAUCGGCCGCAUGUUUGUAAUAUUUGUAUGAAAUCGUUUAAGCGUAAGGAGCAAUUAACUUUACACAUCGUGAUACAUUCGGGCGAGAAGAAACAUGUCUGCAUUGAAUGUGGCAAAGGAUUCUAUCGUAAAGAUCACUUACGCAAACAUACACGAUCUCAUAUAGCAAGGCGUGUAAAAUCGGAAGUGUCAGCACAAAAUGUUACUGGGAGCGGUAAUGCCAAUAAUACUGGCGGUCAAACUAACAAUUUGCACGGCUCCUGAGGUUCGUACAAGGACUUUUGGUAAAUUAUUAAAAAAUUUCAAUAAUAGAAAUCUUUUCAAAUGUCUUAAAUACGAUUAAGAGAAAAAAUACGGUUGUUCUUGCAUUAAUAAUUCGCAACUUAAUCUAUUUAAAAUGUUGGAAAAGGAUUUAUGAAAUUUUAUAAAAAUUUAUUAGAGGUCCUGUUAAGCGUGUCUCCUUAAGAAUUAUUUACUUUAUUUAGUUUAUUAUAUACGCAUAUUUUUUUUUUUUAAUUAAUUUUUCUGUCUAUCUCUCUCUCACAUACUAAAUCGCACAAAAUGAUGUAUUUUUAUUUUAAUGUAAUUUUCACACACACACACACAAACA